AUGGAACGAGCACCGUCCGGCGGACAAGGUCCUAAGAGGAGAAAACCAAAUCGUAUUAUUGAUUUAGAUAUAAAACGCUCCAUUGGAGCUAUAUCUUCCAUGGAAUAUAAACGUCGCACAAUUAUCAAUGAGAUCAAUUAUGUCGCAUAUGCACUUCAUAAAACAUCUUUGCCAGCAAUUUACAUUAAUCCAAUUAGAACAGGCGCUCCAAAUUAUGUACAAGAUGAUAUUCUAGCGAUGGAAGUUGAUCCAAGGGAAAGUAAAUGUUUGCUAGUCAUAUCCAGGUAUAACAGUGUUGCUAUUUAUAAUGUUUCUCAAAAUGUUAAAAUCUUUGAUCAAAUGAAGCGAAUGACAAUUCCACAUGACCCAAUUGAUAAUAAUGGAUCACCAAAUUCAGCACAUUGGCUUUGGGAUGGUACAGUAUUUACUGUUUGCACUAUGGAUUCUGUACACUUUUGGGAUUCAUUUACUUGUAAAAUAAUUGAAACUGUGAAAAUGCGUACAAAAGUUUUGAACCAUGUGAUGGCUGCAAAAAAAUAUAGUGUUAACAAAUAUGUCGCAGUGACAGGAAUUGAAGGACAUGUAUUCAUGAUUGAUAUGCUGCAUGGUAUUGUUGUGAUGACAAUGAGAAAUAUUGAAAAAAAACCAAUAAGAGCUAUCCAUUGGCAUCCAACAAAUGAAUUACAAUAUGUUACCGGCAAUGAUAAUGGAAACAUUUACUUAUGGGAUAUUCGUUUUCAAAGAGAUUUUGUUUUCAAAUUUAAAAAUGAAGAUUCGUUUUCUGUAUCAACAAGCCAUUCUAAUCCAGUUAUUGGGUUACGGUUUUAUAAUGAUGGAAAUAGUGUUAUAUCUGUUGAUAACAAGGGAGGCAUCAAAACAUGGGAAGUUAGUACUGGUCAUCUACGUCCUAAUCACUAUGAAUCUGUACCAUUGUGUGACCUUAACAAGAAUCAUAUUUUUAAAGAUUAUCAGUUUGCUGUUACUGAACAUUUAAAAGAAGACAUUGUGUUUUUGCCUUCAAAAAGAGGGAUGAGAAUAUUUGAUAUCGAAAGUGGUGAACAUUUACCUUUUUCUAAUGAUAUACCUCUACCUAUGAACUGUGCUACUUAUGAUAGUAAGCGAUUUUGUGUUUAUGGAGGCUCUAAUGACUUAAUAAAACUAUGGACUCCUGAAAAAAAAAUGUCUGACUGAACUGUAUGUUUUCGAUGGCAAAUUAUUGUAUUAAUUUUUUUUACAAUCUUCUAAUUUCUUUACCUUUAUAUAAUCUCAAUUCAUAUUUCAUACUAGUGCAAUAUUGUUAUUAUAUUGAUAAUUGAUAUAUUAUUUUUUCUAUAUGAUUAAAGUGAAAAUUUCAAUUUUAGCUAGUUUCAAAGUAUAGAGGUAAAUAAUGGUUGACUGAGCCUCAAAAAUAUUUUGACUAAAUCUAGCGCCGUAACAAUUAUUUACAUUUAAAAUUCUGCAAAAUAAACCAGGAAAUUAUUUUUUAAUGUAAUCAACACUUAAAAUAUAUUGGUUGCAUAUGAUGUAAAAAUUAUAAAAAGUGCAAUUAUUUUUUCGGUUAACACUAAAGUUCUAGGCUGGGUUAUGUGUAAUACUUAAGAGGUUGUUAUAUCCACGUUAAAUUGAAAAAAAAAUGUAUGUAUUUAAAUUUGAAAUGGCUUGCAUUCAGUCAAUUUUAAUUUUGAAGCAAUAGUUUCAGAGUUAAAAUAACUGAGUUGUACCUACUAUUGUAUCAAAAAAUAUUAAAUCAUAUUAUUAAAUUAUAACUUAUACAAUAUGAGUCUUACUGUGCAUACUUGUAUCGCACGUUUGUAUAAUGUAUAUUAUAGAUACCUAUAGCUUGCCAAAAUUAUCUUAACUAUUUCCAUUGUAACCACGCUGAGAAAUUUAGGGUUAUCUGAAAAAAUGAUCACACUGUAUUCGGUAAUUUGUCUUAAAAAACUUCUUUUUUCGUGUUUUUUUAUUUGUUAAAAAGUUUUAUGUAAGGUUACUCCUAUAAUAAUAAAAGUAUGUUCUAUAUUGUCAUUAGUUAUAUAAAUUUACAAAAGUAGUUACACCAGCAUUAAUUUACACUACCGCACUCAUAUAGCUCGAAUGUACAAUUGGAAUAUGCAAAUUAACAUGUAAAUACUUAAAGUUGACUUUAUUUUGUUAGAUAAUAAAUGUUUGGCAUUGGGCUCUCAAGUUAAUAUUGUACUUUACUGGGCCUUAUUUUUAAAUUUAUUCAUGAUUGUACUAGUUUAUUGAUUUGAUCUCUAAAUUUAUUUUAACUAUUGACUAUUAUUAUUAUUAUUUACAAUUAUUAUACUUCAAUGAAUUAACUAUUGUAUAUUAGUGCUCAUAACAUUUUAUGUAUAAAUUGUUAAUGUACUAUAAAAUAAAAUUACAAUUGUAACAAUAUACUACUUAAGUGUUAUCAAAAAAAUACGGAGUGAUUUACAUGAUAAAAAAGUUCAAUGAUUUUUGUAAUAUUUAUCAAUACAUUAUAACUAUUAUUCAAUUAUACAUUAUGUCUUACAUCUUAA